AAGAACUUUGAGUUCACGUUCACAGUAGAUUAAAUGAUUCUCAAAGCACCGCAUUUGGAGAGUUGACGUAGAUGGCUUAACUCCAGAUAUACUACCUGUCUAAGCUGGGCCGAUUUCCAUAAGGCAUUGUCCUUGGCCCUUGUCUCUUCCUCCCCUACAUAAACGGCCUUCAUGAUUCAAUAAAAAGUAAUCACUUAAAUAGGUGUUGAUAUCCGUAUGUGUGCAAGGGAACUGUAUUUUCGCCGGAACUUGUAAAACGUCUGAUCAUGGAAUCUAGUCAAAACAGCAGCGGAACGAAAUGACGCAUAGAGAAACAUAUGUUGACAGUAUGAGAUUGCGUCUAAAUGAAUGCCUAUUUCAUGCGGGAUAUGUCAUGCGAUAAUCAGGACGGACACAACUUUACGAAAAUGCUGCUGCGGAUGUGUAACAAUUUAGUUCUAUUUAAUUUUCUCUUAGAAUACUUCAAGCUUAUAAUUGUUUUGUGUCUGACAUAUUUACUUUAUACGCAGACGAUGUGAUCUUUUGUUGGCUAAUAACUUUAACAAAGGACGUUAUAAGCCAAGAGUUUUACAACCGACCAUGGGGAUAAAGAGCAGAUACAGUCUCAAACGAAACUGCCACAUAAAUGUGCGUGCAUAUUUAUAUCUUCCGAACAGCAAAAUUACAUGGAAAAGAAUCAGAUAGCUGGUAACAUUGUUAAUUAGCUCGAACAAUUGCUUGAGCCGGUUCAUAGGAGGUAAUGAAAUGAGCAGCACCCCUCACGGCCUGUCGCACCGGCUUAAGCCAAACUCUUCUAUACAUAAACAUUAAAUGGACUCGAUCCGAGAUCCAAAUAGGACAAAUUCAUACAAUUCAUUACGUGCAAGUUUAUAAAUGCUUUUAAAACAAGGUCAAGAAAGAUAAGAAAGAACUCUGUCUGAUGUAAUACAGCAAAUGUUAAAACUAUAGUAUCUAAUAAAGCAAUUUUGUGAAGAGUGGAUUAUGUAUAUUCCGGAAGUGUUGUUUAUAUUUACAUUUUAUAUAUGCUCUUGUUAUGGUGGAGAAGAGGAGAAGAGAUUGAUCCUACACAGCGGUGAUGACAUAGCCCAAGAGUUCCAGAAAUUACGACAAGAAUUGCAGUCUCUACAGAUGAAUCACACUCGGGAAAUACAAUUGCUUAUGACAAAUUACACGCAAGAAGUAGAGUCGCUCAAGAAGAAUUACACCCAAACAAUAGAAUCGCUCAAGAGGAAUCACACGCAAGAAAUACAAGCACUCAUGUCUACACAAACGGCUGAAAUAGAUUCAGUUAAAGCUACACAAAAACGUGAAAUACAGGCGCUAAACGACACGCAAUCACAAAAGAUAAAGAGCUUGAAAAAUGAACUGACAACACUUAAACAAGACCAAGGAUCAACAUACAUCAGAUGGGGUAAAACGACUUGCGGUGGAAAUGGAACACAUAUUGUUUACACGGGGUUUACAUCUGGAUCUCCUUAUGAUAAGGAAGGUGGUGCUGCAAAAUACAUCUGUCUUCCGAAAAAUCCUACAAGGGCAAAGUACGUUGACGGUAUACAAAACAUUGGUGGAUAUAUGACCGGAACAGAAUUUGAUAUAUACCUAAACAUAUUUAACCCGUUUCCUCGAAACAUGCAAGAUCAGGAUGCGCCAUGCGUUCUGUGCCGCAGCCCAAAACCAACUACAGUUAUGGUUCCUGGAAGGACAAACUGCUAUCCUGGUUAGACAAUGGAAUACACCGGAUAUCUAAUGACGGACCAUUUGAACCACAAUUCUGCGAGUGACUAUGCUUGUGUCGAUGUUAAUCCAGAAGCUGUGUACCAUGGUGAAGCAAACCAAAAUGGCAAACUAUUUUACUUUACGGAAGUGAAGUGCGGAUCUCUGCCAUGCCAGGAGUACCCGAAUGGUCGUGAACUUGCUUGUGUUGUUUGUUCGAAAUAAAGAGUAUUACAAGUUAAAGCAUAGCAAAAGUUCCUUCUAGGGCACAUCUAUAUAAAUAUAUAAUGAUCAUCUUGUAAAAUUUUGGUUGCAAUGUCUGUUUUAUACUGCCAAAAAUGUCAAGUAAGUAUUUACGCUAGUUAUUUAACAUAAAUUGUUAAAUCCAACAACAAAUUAAAUCUGUUACCACUUUUAGUAGAGUAAAUACGGCAAUAAGACAUUGACCCGGUCAAUCUAUUACGAUUCGAUGCGUGAAUCUGAACAUUGCGCAUAAUUAGAGGGUCGCAAUGGGGUUUGUUUACACAUAUUAACUAUGCAUUUGAAGGUGACGAUAAUGUUUAGUUGUUUACAUGUAAAUUUGCUGAUAUAUGUUUAUCUGGUCGACUGAAUGUACAUAUGUUAUGUUCUUCAAAAAUGGAGAAAAUAAAAGAAUCAA